GUGUAUCUGGCAUUCUGGCACGCUGCUGCCGAGCUGACUGUCAUCAUCGGUUCCGUACGCCCUCCCAUGCGCGAAGUCAACGAACUGCCGUUGCGCUGGCUGUACGGUAAUUCUGGAGUUGAUCGUUGGGUUGGCCCCCGGCUUUGCCGCCUGCCAACGUUUACCCUUCGACCAAAUAGUCGCCAAACGCCCGGACGGCCUAUGGGGGCAGGAGUGCGGUGGCAUGUCGACCGAGCAAGGUUCAGGUUCGUCGUGGUGGCCGGCCCUCAGACAUGGAUUCAAGGAGUGAGGUGUGGCGUCGAUUUCGGCCCGGGGGAGGACGAGAGGAUGCGACUGGGGAAGUGCGACUGGGGCAGUGCGUUUUUGUCCGUCAUUCACGCGUCGGUGGCCAUGUCGAACGUUUGCUUGGACGUUGAGUGA